AUGAGAAAUGCAAAAAAGCACUUGAAUUUUCAUGAAGAUAGAGAUAUAAUCCGUAGAGAGCUGCGUCGGACUCUCCAUGAUUCUCUUCAUGUUGAAGAGUUUGAGAAAAAAUGGAAGGAUGUUAUUGAAAAACAUAAGUUACAACAAAUUAAUUGGUUUAACGAGAUGUUUAAUCUAAGACAUCGGUGGGUUCCCAUAUAUUUCAAAAAUGACUUUUGGGUUGGAAUGUCUAGUACACAACGUAGUGAGAGCAUGAAUUUUUUUUUCAAAGCAUUUGUGAACCUUAAUACUACCUUGAAAGAAUUUGUUGAGCAAUAUUGUCUUGCAUUAGGAAAACGAGCCAAUGAGGAGGAAAAUGAAACAUUUCGUUCAAUGAAUAAGCCAACCCUAUGCUUCACCGAAUUUGUGAGCGAGAAUGUAUUUCAACGUCUUUAUACCUUAAAAAAAUUUGAAGAGUUUCAAGAACAAGUGCGUAUGGUUACAUAUACAAGUGCAACUAAAUCCCAUGAUAAUGGAAGUGUUUGUGUUUAUGAUGUAGUGACCAAGAAGGCUAAAUGGCCAUGCAUACAAAAAUUUAAAGUGACCUUUGACCGUGAUUCAUAUGAUAUGAAGUGUGAUUGUAGAAACUUUAAAUUUAGAGGGAUCAUGUGUUGUCAUGUGUGUCAUAUUAUAUAUACACCGGACAAAAAUCCACAUGCAAAGAGAUAUUUAGCAUUGCAUAAGGAAUUUGAGGAAAUUGCCUCUAUGGCAACAAUUGAUGAUAAACCAUACUCUUCUCUUUUGGAGAAUUUGGUUAAAUUGAGGCCACAAGUGAAAGCAUUGGUUGAAGAAUCUCAAGAACUACCCCGGAUUGUGAGUACACUUGGUAAAGUUUAUGGAAGACACCCCUCACUUAGAGGUGAAGUUGAUGGAGAUAAUCAAAGGGAAAAUGUAGAUAAUCAACAAAAUGUCAAAGAUCCAGAAGAUCGUAGAGGAAAAGGAAAAAAACCAAGUCAUAGAAAAGGGUAUGACUAUGACAAACAAACUACGAAAUACAAGAAGAAUGAACGAUAUCAAUUAAGUGGGAUGCCCUUUUCAAUGAUGUCAAACUAUAUGGCUAGCUCUUCACAAGAUUAUAAUCGAUAUGGACAUAAUAUGAAUUACAAUCCUUCUUCUCAUGUGGCUCCAGUUGUACGACCCAAUAUUGGUACAUAUGCAAAAUUUUAUGAUGUGUAUAAUAAUUAG